AUGUAUCGCAUACUUAUAUUUUUCUGUACUUAUAUACAAUUGGUCAUGUCCAACCCUCAUUCGUUGGAUAAAUUCGUUGAUAAACCAGUAGAUGAAUCAAUGAACGUAUUCAGGAAUCCAAAAUUGUAUCCUUAUAUAUACGCUGGUGAUCAAUCAAAUCAACACAAAAAAUCGAUUUUAAAGACAAUACACUGGGAUGAAUUACAUCCCUCAGAUAAAAGUCUUUUUACUUUAGAAAAUAAAGACUAUUGUUUAAUUUCCAAAACUGUGAUUUAUGGAUUUAUGGGUUUUACCGGUUUACUAAUUGUCUUAGUAAUUGGACAUAUUUUCAAAAAUUGUGUUAAAAAUAGGCAAGGUUAUUAUAAUGAAUCAAAAUGUCAAGGAAGCAUUGAUGGAUGUGAUCCUAAUCAAUGUGAAAUUUGUCAAAAUGUUAACAAUGGUUUUUAA